AUGGCUUCUCUUAAUUCAGAUCUCCCGCCUGUGCAGGCUUUACAUAGCAAGUGGGUGGUGCAAAAGUUCGGUGGCACCAGUGUCGGCAAAUUUGCGCUCAACAUUAUCGAACAGGUGGUUCUCCCGAGUUUGAAAGAAAAUCGAGUCGCCGUCGUUUGCUCAGCCAGGAGCAGCUCAACCAAAGCCGAAGGAACCACCAACCGUUUACUAAGAGCUGCACGAGACGCCGAGAACUCCCAGUCCCGGCAAUAUGAAACAUUCGUCGAGGCUGUCCGCUUGGAGCACGUGCAGGUGGCCCAGGAACAGUUGAAGUCGGUAGACCUGAAGGAACAAGUGAUCAAAGAUCUGAAUGGAGAAUGCGAGCGGGUCCUCAAGGUUCUCGAGGCGGCACAAACACUAGGCGAGAUCAGUGCUCGUUGCGUGGAUAAGGUCAUGAGCGCUGGCGAGAAACUCAGCUGUCGCUUGAUGGCCGCGUUGCUGCAGGACCGUGGGGUUGACUCACAAUAUGUGGAUCUCUCCGAUGUCAUCAAUUUCCCAAUUGGCAGCCAUGGAUUAGACCAGGACUUUUAUAAUAACCUGGCUGCAAACCUGGGCAAAAAGAUUGAGGCCUGCGGACACCGAGUCCCCGUGCUGACUGGGUACUUUGGUACCAUCCCCGGAGGCCUGCUGGAUCAGGUCGGUCGUGGUUAUACGGAUUUAUGUGCGGCCCUCGUGGCCGUUGGAACCCAUGCCAAGGAACUCCAGGUGUGGAAGGAAGUGGACGGCAUCUUCACGGCGGACCCCCGCAAGGUGCCUACGGCGCGUCUCCUGCCCGCUAUCACUCCAGCCGAAGCUGCCGAGUUGACCUUCUAUGGAUCCGAGGUCAUUCACCCCUUCACCAUGGAGCAGGUCAUUCGGGCCAGGAUCCCCAUCCGGAUCAAGAAUGUGAUGAACCCCAAGAACCGUGGCACUAUCAUUUAUCCAGACACCGCCGCAGAGCUCGACCGGCACACUCCAGGCCAUGACCCGCGCUUGUUCCGGACGCGAAGUGCCAGCCUAAUGCAGAAGCCGAAGCGACCGACCGCAGUGACCAUCAAGCAUAAGAUCUUGGUGAUCAACGUGCACUCGAACAAGCGAUCUCUGUCGCAUGGUUUCUUUGCCGGCAUUUUCUCCGUGUUGGACAAGUGGCGCUUGUCGAUCGAUCUUAUCUCCACCAGUGAGGUUCACGUCUCCAUGGCGCUUCAUUCCGAGAUGCCCCUGUUGAACGGUAAUGGACGGGAUGAUUAUCAGGUGAUCGAUGAUGAUUUAAAGGGGGCCUUGAAUGAUCUGAGCAAGUAUGGUAUGGUGGACAUCAUCCCUGAGAUGGCCAUUCUCAGCUUGGUCGGCAAGCAGAUGAAAAAUAUGAUUGGGGUGGCCGGGCGUAUGUUCACUACGCUGGGCGAGAACAAUGUGAAUAUCGAAAUGAUUUCCCAAGGUGCAAGUGAAAUCAACAUUUCGUGCGUCAUCGAAGAACGCGAUGCUGACCGCGCCCUCAACAUCAUCCACACCAGCAUGUUCACCUUCCUGGAAUAG